CUCUCUCUCUCUCUCUCUCUCUCCACCUUUGUCCAUCCACCAUCAUCGGAGAUCUUUCAAUCACAAUCAUUCAGAUCCAUCGACUCACUCAAAUACUUCAGCUUCAGAAUCAUGCAUCAUCAGGGUCUUCCCCGCGUGGGCCCUGCGUCCCUCCCAUCACCCCCCGUCACCCCUCGCAAGUUCUCAGUCUCGUUGAGCCCCAGUAAUGAUACUCAUGAGACAUCAACUCCCAGCCCCAAACGGCGCAAGGGGUCCACUCGAAAAACGACCAAACCCACCCCUGAGGAGCGCGAGCAGUACUUGGAGCGCAACCGUCUGGCAGCGAGCAAGUGUCGCCAGAAGCGGAAGAGGGAGUCAGAGGGGCUGGAAACACGAUAUAACCUCCUAAAGGCCAAGCAUGAAGAACUCGAGGAGCUUGAGCACGAGCUGCGCAAUGCAGUAACUCGUUUCAAAACCAAUUUACUGGGUCACCAUAACUGCGGAGAUCCCAAUGUCAAUGCCUAUCUGCAGCAGGAGGCGAUCUUGAUUCCCCAGAAAUACGCCCAAAGCAACUUGGCAGCCUACCUGUCUUCGCCUGCGUCUGCUCACCAGGCCCCCUCCCAGGCCAAUUUCCAGGUCCCCUCGCAGACCACCUUCCAGCCCCCCUCCCCGGCGAUGAUGAUCGCCCCGCCUUCUUUCUCGUCACCGGGCUUCAGCGCCAGCGGGACCAGCAACAUCAGCAACCCAAGCCUGGCAUCCCCAACCAGCGCGGUGAGCUUCGACAGCUCCUUCGGCCAGGAAGCUGCUGGUACGGCAUCGGCAACCAUGCCGUCGCAUGGGACCAAUGCCUUUGAUGAUGCGAUCGCGCUGAGAUUCCCGGACCCGCCUCUCCCCAUUAUGGGGGGCGAGUGCCCUUGUGACCAGCCGCCGUCCACCAUGAUGGACUCGGAAGUUCUCUCGGCUCAGGAGACGAGCUUCCUCAAUGACAUUUAUCUAAUUGAUCCCGAGCUGGACCUGGGGGCCUGAGAUGCCGGCAGUCAUUCACGAACGAUAAAGAGAUGUAUAACCAACGAUGACGAUUCAUGAGAACAGAAAAAAACUCUUUACCACGGCGUUCUAUACUAAUGUAUUCUACGAUGACUUCCGCACGAUUCCCCCCGGCUGUAUUUCUAGCAAGGUGUUCGUGUUUUCCAAUUUUGGUCGGCUUGUUUCCUUCCCAUCUUUAUUUAAUUGUUGGUGUUGGUUUUUCACUUUUUCCUUUUCCUUUCUCGCCUUUUUGCCUUACUACCUUCUUUAAUGUGCUUGCUCCAUCCGGACUUCCCUAAUGCCUAAUCCUGUUUCCUAUCUCAAUUGUAUUGUUUACUUGCGUUCAAUCUAUGGAGAAGGGAAAUCGGAAAGACACUAAAAAAAUGGAGAAAAAAAAAAAAAAAAAAA